AUGGUAAUAAAUGAAAAUUCCACCCCAAGUCAAAUAAUUAUCUGUGACGCUGCUGCAAAGGAAUGGAAAAAUAUUAAAAAGAUGAAAGAAUCUGAACUUGAUGAUAUUAUAAAAAAAUACUUAGCAACGCCUCUUAAAAUACAAGGAUAUUUUUGGUCUACUGCUUCAUCUCGACAAAAAUCUCCAGAAAUUUCUAAAGUGAAUUUAUCUCAGAAUACACCUUCACAGAUUCCACUAACAUUUGAUGUAGAAGAAAUUCAAAAUAAUACGUCGGCUCAAAAAUGGGUAGCUAAUUCUAAAGUAACUAUAGAAAAAAAAAUUAAAGAACUAGAAACUGUGUAUAGCUUUAUUAACAAUUUGCAGCUUUGCUAUGAUUUAUAUGUUAGAAUCACAAAUCUUAAAUCUGAACUUCAAGAAUAUGAGAACAAACUACACAAACUAAAAUGA